AUGGCCCCCGUCAAGCCGGACAAGCCGCAGCUGGCUCUAGCAGCGUACGAUCGGAAGCGGCGUAAGGGCGAGCUCGCCGUUCAAUCCAGCCACCUCUCGCAGUCCCAGGUCAUCCAGCUGCACGCCAACCGCCUAGCAAAGGAGAUCAUCACGCGGCACCUCUCGCCACCCCCCGUCGACGACGUGCCGCCGGUCGGCCGGCCCCUGCCCCUGCCGCCACUGCCCUUCGCGGUGGCGGCGGAGCGUGUCGCACCGGUGUCUGCUGCUGUGCCACUGGACGCGGCCGACGAGGAGCCGCCGCCGAGCUAUGAGGAGACGAGCGCGAGCUACGACGUGCUUAAGGCCGGUACUUUUCAGGUGCUGGACGCGCAGCGCGACUUGAAGGCAUCUGUCCUACGCGCUCUGGGAGAGCAGAAGGGGCCGGUCCCCCAGUCGUCCUCCACGGUCGGCACAGGCGGCCAGGGAGAGAGGCCGCUGCCUGUCGUGCCUCCGCCAACACAUGGUGCCAUCGCCGAUCUUCCAAGCCGCGCGGCGCAAGGGGCUCGUGAGCCGGAAAAGCGGCGCAACGCGCUCGAGUCUUUCGCGACAUCUACAAGCCCGCCGCCCGUGCCCGUGCCAUAUAGCCGGCUCGUGCCGGAGAAGGAGAGGCAACGCGCCCUCGAGGCCUUCGCGAUCCCGCCGCCAAAACGGCCUCUUACCACCGAUCAUCAGGGCGACGGCGACGGCGACGGCGACGUCCGCAUCCAGCACCUUGAGGCGUUGCUGGCAUUAUUCGCCCCCCAGCUGGGCGACGUGGCGGUCGUCGAUACGGCCGCGCUGGCCUCGCUCGCCCGGAAGGCUGCGGGUGCCACUGAGGAAAAGGAGGGUCAGGGGGCUGGAUGA